UCAAUGGCCGCCAACUGGGUUUGAGGUUGCGCGCGCUUUUUGCUAAGUGUUUGUUUGUGUUUGUGCGCCAACGUGUGGGGCUAUUCGUAGUGUCUAGCAACUGUCGGUAGGACAUCUUUUCGGACUCCGCACACGCAUAUUUAUUCCUUCCUUCUACUGCCCUUCCCGAAGCAAGAACGAGAUGGCUGAAGACCUUCCGUACAUGGCCGAAUACGCCAAAAGCGGCCGCGCGUCCUGCAAGGGCUGCAAGUCCAAGAUCGACAACGCCGAGCUUCGCCUUGCUGUCAUGGUGCAGUCGCCCAUGUUCGAUGGCAAGACACCCAACUGGUACCACUUCAUGUGCUUCUUUGCCAAGCAGCGGCCAAAGUCUGUUGGCGAUAUCGACAAGUUUGGCACGUUGCGUUACGAAGACCAGAAGCGCAUUCAAGAGAAGAUUGAGAGCAAAUUGGCAACUGGAACAACUGAAGAAGACUUGAAGGACUUUGCCACAGAAUAUGCCAAAUCCAGUAAGAGCACUUGUAAAGGCUGCAACGAGAAGAUCGCUAAAGGAGAGGUCAGGAUUUCCAAAAAUGAUUACGACAGUGGCUACGCCAAGAUGCGAGGCGCCAUCCCCAUGUGGUUCCAUGUGGACUGCUUUGUCCAGAAGCGGGACGACCUCGACUACACGUUGGGUGCUGAAAGCCUUCCAGGUUUCAUGACCCUUGGCGUCGAUGACCAGAAGAUGCUCAAGGAGAAGCUGAAGAAAUUAGACAGGAAGCGAAAGCCGAAGGAAGCUGGCGACACAGUCGAUGGGCCGUCGUCUGCGAAGCAGCCGAAGAAGGAGGUUGAUGUCGAAGAGGAGAAAGCCCUCAAGAAACAAUCAGAUCGUGUGUUCAAGCUUCGCGGCGACCUGCAGAAGAACCUCUCAAAGAAGGAACUGCAAGAGCUGCUUGAGUUCAAUAGCCUGGACAUCCCACCUGGUGAAAGCAGGAUCUUGGACCUUCUGUCAGACUGCAUGGCCUUUGGUGUUCCAGCACGCUGUCCCGAAUGCAAAGAGGGCCAGCUGAAACUCAAGACGCAUGGUUACACGUGCACUGGCAACAUCAGCGGGUGGACCGCAUGCACCUACGUGACGCUCGAGCCCACCCGAGUGCCGUUCAAGGUUCCGCAAGAUUUCAAGGAAACCUAUCCUUUCCUCAACAACUACAAGAGUGUCACAAAGAAACGCAUCUUCCCAAAGGACCUUCCAAAGCCUACAGAGGCGUCGACAUCAGCCAACGGCAGUGCUGGUAAGCAGCGGCCCCUGGAUGGCCUGGAGGUGGUGUUUGGCAAGACAGUGACACCCAUUGAGGAACUUAAGAAGAAGCUGACACCCCUCGGUGCCAAGGUGGCUGCUAAGGUCUCUGAGAAGACCCUCUGUCUCAUCUCCACAGCGGAGGAAGUUAAGAAGAAGAGCAAGCGUGUCAAGGAAGCGGAGGCGUUCAACGUCCAUGUCGUGUCCGAGAACUUUGUCGACUCCCUGGCCAGCGGGGGUGCUGCCACUAACGUUGACCAGUUCAAGCUUGCGCCAUGGGGUGGCGAUGCUGGCUCCAAGAUAGAGAAGUACAAGUCAAAGUCGCAAAUGGACCGGAUGUUUGUCAAGAGCGGCCCCUCGACUAUGAAGCUAACUGUGAAAGGGUUGGCAGCUGUGGAGCCUGACUCAGGCUUGGCCGAUAUUGCACACGUCUAUGCCAAGGGUGACGAAAUCUACAGCUCGGUCCUGGGUCUCGUCGAUGUGAACAGAGGCACCAACUCCUACUACAAGCUGCAGCUGUUGGAGAGUGACAAAAAGAACCGGUACUGGGUGUUCCGUGCGUGGGGUCGUGUGGGAACAAGCGUAGGCGGUAACAAGGUGGAGGAGAUGGACUCGCUGCACGAGGCCAAGACACACUUCAAGUCCCUUUUUGAGGAGAAGACCGGCAACCUCUGGGAGGAACGCAAGGACUUCGUCAAGCAGCCCAACCGCUUCUACCCGCUUGAACUUGACUAUGGCCAGGACAGUGUCGACAAGAAGCAGCUGAAGCCCAGCAAGGACUCCAAGCUGCACAUGUCCAUUCAAGAGCUCAUCUGCAUGAUCUUCGACAUGAACAACUUUGAGAAGACCAUGCUUGAGUUCGAGAUUGACUUGACCAAGAUGCCACUGGGAAAGCUGUCAAAGCGGCAGAUUCAGAAGGCGUACUCAGUGCUGACGGAGCUGGCAGAGCUGAUAAAGUCCGGCGGAUCAGACAACCAGUUCACAGAUGCUUCGAACCGCUUCUACACGCUCAUCCCGCACGACUUUGGCAUGAGCAAACCGACGCUACUCAAGGACGACAAGCUUAUUGAGCAAAAGGUGAACAUGCUGAGCUCGCUGCUGGAGAUUGAGGUUGCUGUGAACCUGCUCAAGAACGAGGGUGACACCGAGGAGGACAAGCUGCACCCCGUGGACUUCCACUACAGCCAGCUGAAGGCGGACAUCCAGGUGCUGGACCGGUCGCACGACGAGUUUUCGUUGCUCAGCAAGUACGUCGAGACGACGCACGCCGAGACGCAUCGCUCGUACAAGCUGGAGAUCCUCGAGCUGUUCAAAGUGGUGAAAGACGGCGAGGCGAAGCGCUACAAGCCCUUCCGGAAGCUACCCAACCGCAAGCUGCUCUGGCACGGCUCGCGGCUUGCAAACUUUGCGGGCAUCCUCUCCCAGGGGCUGCGCAUUGCUCCUCCCGAGGCACCUGUGACUGGCUAUAUGUUUGGCAAGGGUAUCUAUUUUGCUGACAUGGUCUCCAAGAGUGCCAACUACUGCUGCACAUCGCCCAGCAAUCCGGUAGGACUGCUGCUGCUCUGCGAAGUUGCUCUGGGAAACAUGUAUGAGAGAAAGAAUGCUGAAUUCAUCACCAAAUUGCCUCCAAAUUACCAUUCCACGAAGGGUGUUGGCAUGACCUAUCCAAACCCGGAAAACAAGGUCGUCACCCCCGAUGGUGUUGAGGUGCCCAUGGGACCCUCCCUCAAGGACACCAAAGCUGGCGCCAGUAGCCUGCUCUACAAUGAGUACAUUGUGUACGACACUGCUCAGGUCACCAUGCGCUACCUCAUGAAGGUCAAGUUCAACUACGGCAUUUGAAGGGGAGGCCACUGAGAUUGUGCGUUAUUUGCAUUGGACUGCAUGCUAAUGCACACGAAGUCAGCAAGUUUAGAAGGCAAAGAUUGUGCGAGCUUUGGAUCGGGCGAAGCGUUCACUGUUGGACCAGAAUUCUUUGCCCCGUGCAUUUUUUGUGGCUCCGGCUUCAGCAGUGAUAUUUUCUUGGGAUGUGGUUUGCUUUGAGCAUAAACAAAUGGGAAGCUGCGUGCGUCAAGGAGGUGCACGUCUGCUUUAAUGCAGUAGAAUCUUGUACAGGCAGUUAUACACGAUUCUAUGUCUCUGAGAUCUUGAUUGUUUAGGUCAAAUAAGUGUUUGGCAUCCACAAGAGUGCAUGAUGGCUCCUGGCUUCUUCCUAGAUCAUGAGCGGUACGCACUACGCAUUCAAAGCAGAAACAUAGCACUGCGUUUUGUUUGCUCCUAGGGCUACCUGUAUGUAGUGUGUGGUAGCAUUAAAGGCUGAAGAAAACUAAAUUCCUAGGCAAAGGCAAGCUGUCAUAUUUGGUGUGCCAAUUUGGCAAAGAUAAAAGUCCAUAAAAAAUGUUCAAGUAGGGAGCCUGUGGCCAUUGUUUACAUACUUGUUAAGCUUUUAAUUGGCUCGGUCACAAAAUUUUGUGUGUGCAAUGCUGUUGUGGAAACCGCUCAUGCCUGAGGUGUGGCUGAGAGUUGGAAUAUGUUGUCAUAUCCAUGUCUGCUUCCGCAACCAAAGCUGUUGCAGUGGGAGGUUUGGAUUGUUAGUUGCCUUGUUUUGUGUUUAGGUAAUGGCAUUCUGUCGGAAACUACUUGAUAAAGUGUGCAUACGGUACACUUGCUCUCUGAGGAGGUGCACAUCUGUAUUGCAUUUUGUAACCAGCUAGAAUUGUGAGUACUUUCAUUUUGAGUGUACUGUGGAAUAGAGCGCCUGAGCUACAUGUAUGGGACUGUGAUUGCAUCUAAUGCAGUAAGCAGGGCCGCAUUUAACGUUGAUAACAUAAUAAUGAUAACUGCUGAUAAGAUGCUGCCAUUUAAAGCAAGACAAAAGGGUACAACUAUUGAAGGAUAUCUUGAUCAUUCCGUAUGUGAAGAGGCGGUUCACUUGUAACAGUGUGUCUGAUUGUGCCGAUUUGCUCACUCUGAUGUAGGCAUUGACAGGCAAGUUGGCUUCUGAUGAGUCUGCCAAUAGGUGGUCGUCUAGCUGAUAGUGCUCAAAAAGUAGCUGUGUUUUGCUUGCAAGAAUCAUCUGAAUCCUUAACGUUGCUGCUUCAAAUGUCCGGUAUGCAAGUAUCGAUUCUGUAAGCUUUAAUGCCCCAAACUGUCCCCUAAAGCAAGUCAGGUUUUGCCCGUUGAUAGUACCAAGUUGUUGGUUUCCAUUCCUUGCCAAAGAUGUCAGUUGCUUUCUGAAUACUGAAGAAAACAAUAUUAAUCACUCUCAUAUUGUACCUGUACAGAGCACAGUUGAUAUAUUUUUUUUGUUUCUACUCUGUGGUAGCUGCUGCAGGAUAGUCAUGCAGCAACCAUACUUGUUAGUUUUUGAGUGGUCCCAAGCCUGUGUUAAUUUUAUUUUAAUUUUCACGUGCAGCUGUGUGUUGUAUUUUUCUGCACAAUUAUUUUGCCAUCUUCCUGUACAUAAAGCAUUUAAGACCCAAGCUUUCGUGGUGGUGCCAUUGACACCAUUCUGGAUUGUUUUUUGUUUUUGCAUUUGGCCAGAUUUGUGACAAACCCACAACUACCCUCCCCUUUGCCUUAAUUUUUUUCUUUCAGAUAAUUGCGCAAUUGUAAAACAUGCAUGUUAAGAGUUUCUCUUGCCCAUUGAGAUAGUAAUGCAAGAUUGUUCUGUUGGUAUUGUGCUGUUGGCCAUAGGCACAAGGGCGCACAGUGGUUUUCGAUAACAAGGCAUCAGUAACUUCUACAUUUCCUGCAGCUCAAAUGCCCUUAGAAAAUAUGUUUGUGUGGAUGUGAGGAAUGGCUGAAACAUCUUUUUUAAGGACCUGACAUUGUCUAGUUCUUGCUUUGUCAAGUUGUACAUACUGAUGGUGUGCUUUAUUAAACAUUUUCUUAAGCUGU